AUGGGUUGGUAUUUCCUAUUACUCGAAGAGAUCAGUGGUUUGGAUGAGAGGGAAGGAUUGGACGAGAUGUGGGUUUUGGGAGAAAUUACUGUUAAAAUGAAGAAUAUAUUCAGUAAUAAUAAAAAAGGCGUUUUUAUGGACAAAAUGAGCGUUCGUUGGAAUAAUGAGACGACUGAACCCACGCUUCGGAACAUUAGUCUGAGUGUAAAACCCGGCGAACUGUUGGCUGUCGUCGGGUCUGUUGGCAGUGGAAAAAGCUCAUUAUUGAUGGCAAUAUUGAAUGAGAUAUCGCUAGUGUCGGGUCAGGUGGUAGUGAGGGGUCGGGUGUCGUACGCGCCGCAGGAGUCGUGGGCUUUCAUAGCGAGUGUUCGACAGAAUAUUCUGUUUGGCUCUCAAUAUAAUGAAGAGAAAUACAAUCGAGUGGUGAAGGCGUGCGCUUUGGACACAGAUUUCAAACUCAUGCCAUUUGGGGACAAAACACUUGUGGGGGAGAGAGGGCUGGCAUUGAGUGGCGGACAGAAGGCUAGGCUGAAGACAGAAUAUUCUAAAUACAAUCGAGUGGUGAAAGCGUGCGCUUUGGACACAGAUUUCAAACUCAUGCCGUUUGGCGACAAAACACUUGUGGGGGAGAGAGGGCUGGCAUUGAGUGGCGGACAGAAGGCUAGGCUGAGUCUUGCCCGGGCUCUGUACCACUCGGCAGACAUUUACCUUUUGGACGACCCCUUGAGUGCUGUCGACACACAUGUGGCCAAACAUCUCUUCCAGAAAUGUUGUAUUGAGUACUUGAAAGACAAGACAAGGGUUUUAGUGACCCAUAGCAUCCAGUUUCUCAAAGACGCGGUAAGACAAACCGAUGGAUCAAAUGAUACGAGAGGUGUGAAGAGAAACACUUCAUUCACACCAUCGAUGGUCUCAUCUCUUAAUGAGGGAUUGGAAGAGACGGACGUUAAGGAACCGAUAGAAGUAGAAGAACAGGAAGUGAAGACCGAACUCAAAAUGAUUGGAUCCGUUGAGACCAAUGUUUAUAUGAAUUACAUUAAGGCCGGCGCCGGACCUCUGCUCUUCUCAAUCAGGGAAGUGACCAAUCAAAUGAAUGAAACCCCCAAAGAUGUUGAUCAGACAUUUAACAUAAUAGUCUAUACGAGUCUGACCUGUGGUCUGUUUGUGUCGGCCCUGUUGUCCACCAUUUGUUUCUACAUAAUGUGUAUGAGAUCUUCGGUUAAUCUCUAUAACCGAAUAUUCUAUGCAUUAUUGCGAUCACCGAUACAUCUGUUCGAGAGUUCGCCCAUCGGACGAAUUCUAAACAGAUUUUCAAAAGACACGGGAAUUGUCGACGAAGAGUUACCAUCGGUUGCCUUUGAAUUUAUUAUUAGCCGCGAGAGAUAUAAAGCGUAUGGAAGGGCUGUGUAUGUGGUUUUGGACAACACCUCUACUUUUUUCCUAUUCAUCUGCACUUCACGAGCGCUCGGAGUCUUAGUGGACAGCAUUUUCAUUGUAUAUCUGAGUGCUGUUACCGUAUAUAUUAUGACCAGUAGUGACCGUAUUCCCGGAGGAAAAGCUGGACUUUUGUUAACAUCGGCCCUAUCUUUGACUAAUGUAAUUUAUUGGACGGUUAAAUUAUCGGCCGAUACCGAGUCCUGUAUGACUGCUGUCGAGCGAGUUCUCGAAUACACAGCCAUUAAACCCGAGGCAGAGCUCGAGUCCACUCCCGAUUGGAAACCACCCAAAGAUUGGCCACAAAUGGGAGAAAUAGUGUUCAAAGAUAUGAGUCUUCAAUACAACGAAUCGCCGCAUAAAGUGCUCAAAGAUAUCAAUGUUUGCCUCAAA